UGAAGGAGAGCGCGGGGUGGGCUGGGCGCGCCGGGAAGCCUCCGCGCACGCGCCCUGAGGCCCGUCUGACCGACCUUCAGCCGGGCGGGUAUCACCAUGUUCUCUCGGGCCGGCGUCGCAGGGCUCUCCGCCUGGGCGGUGCAGCCGCAAUGGAUCCAAGUUCGAAAUAUGGCAACCUUGAAAGAUAUUACCAGGCGACUAAAGUCGAUCAAAAACAUCCAGAAAAUUACCAAGUCUAUGAAAAUGGUGGCAGCAGCGAAAUAUGCGCGGGCUGAGAGGGAGCUGAAACCAGCCCGAGUGUACGGAAUAGGAUCCUUGGCUCUGUAUGAAAAGGCAGAUAUUAAAGUGCCUGAAGACAAGAAGAAACACCUCCUCAUCGGUGUGUCCUCGGACCGGGGGCUCUGCGGCGCCAUUCAUUCCUCGGUUGCUAAACAGAUCAAGAGCGAGGUGGCCAGCCUCACGGCGGCUGGGAAGGAAGUAAAGAUUGUUGGAGUUGGUGACAAAAUCAGGGGCAUACUUCAGAGGACUCAUUCUGACCAGUUUCUGGUGACGUUCAAAGAAGUGGGAAGGAGGCCCCCUACCUUUGGGGAUGCGUCUGUCAUUGCCCUUGAAUUGUUAAAUUCUGGAUAUGAAUUUGAUGAAGGGUCUAUCAUCUUUAACCGAUUCAGGUCUGUCAUCUCCUACAAGACCGAAGAAAAGCCCAUCUUUUCCCUUGACACUGUUGCAAGUGCCGAGAGCAUGAGUGUCUAUGAUGACGUGGAUGCCGACGUGCUGCGGAACUACCAGGAGUACAGCCUGGCCAACAUCAUCUACUACUCCCUGAAGGAGUCCACCACCAGUGAGCAGAGCGCCAGGAUGACGGCCAUGGACAACGCCAGCAAGAACGCCUCUGAAAUGAUUGACAAGUUGACUUUGACGUUCAAUCGUACCCGCCAAGCUGUCAUCACAAAGGAGCUGAUUGAAAUCAUCUCUGGUGCUGCAGCUCUGAAUUAAUGAAAAUCAAGUUUCAUCCUCAGACAAGAGGUAAAGAAGAAAAAUUCAGCUAGCUGAUUCUGUUUUUAGCGACUGCUGUCCUUAUCGGAAGAAAUUGUUGGUCCAUUGUUUAAAUUACUAAAGACAGCAAGAUAUUUGUAAAUUAUCUUACAAUAAACUACUCACCAUAAGAAAA